AUGGACAACGUAGACGAGGUUCUUGAGGCGUUCCAUAUCGGCUUUAUCGUUGCUGCUUUUGUUCUUAAAACCGGGCGCGUUCCUGCAGCCAUCAAGUUGUUCAAGGAAUGUUUGAUUCUUCUCAAGAGCAAGGCAUUGGAAGGAGAGAGAGAAUUGCUCGCAUCAAUUCAUGAAUGUAUAUUCCUUCAGAUGUUUAAUGGAUACGUUCUUAUGAAGGAUCGCACAAAUGCCAUGGAAUGUGGCCGAGACCUUCUCGUUUUAACUCGAAGAAAUGGAAAAAAAGACGUGGACCAAAAAGUGACUUAUGAACUGGCUGAAAUGCAUCUGUUCCUUGGUAGAUAUGAAGAAGCAAAGGAGUUUUAUUUGAAAGCACUCAGCAUUAUGAUCGAAACGGGUGAUAAAAAGGGAUUGUUAGCCUGUUACAAAAACCUAGGAUCCGUUCUCUGGUCUCUUGGCGAAUUUGUGGAGGCUAAAGAAUGUCACCAAAAAGCACUGGCGAUUGCGAAAGAAUCUGGCGACAAAUACGGUGAAUGCGCUUGCUACGGAAGCUUAGGGAAUGUGUAUAAAUCCCAAGGUGAAUAUGUCGUGGCUAAAGAUUAUUACGAAAACGCUCUGAAGGUGCUCAAAACAUUUGACGACAUGGGGAUGGAGGCCUCAAUUUACGGAAAUCUGGGAAAUGUGCUUCAGUCUCUCGGAGAUUAUGCCAAUGCAAUAGAAACUCACGAAAAAGCACUUAAGAUCGCAAAGAAUAUUGGCAACAAGGAAAAGGAAGCCUGGUGUUAUCGAAACCUGGGAGGCCUGUUUCGUUCUACUGGUAAGCAAGGACAGGCUGUAGAGUUUAACGAGAAAGCAGUUGCGAUCGCGAAAGAAGUAAGCGACAGAAAUGGAGUAGCAUUGGCCUACUUAAAUCUAGGAAUUCUUUCACAGUCUCCGGGAGAAUAUCUCAAAGCAGAAGCAUAUCUCCAAAAAGCACUUCUGAUCAUAAAGGAAAUAGGCACUAGAAAUAAAGAAUCUGAAGCGUCGUGUUACGUUAAUCUCGGAAACGUGUGCAAUUCUCUUGGAAAAUAUGCUGAGGCGAAGGAACAUUCCGAAAAAGCCCUUCACAUAGCUAAGGUAAUUGGCGACAGGAAAAUGGAGUCCUUAAGCUACGGAAACCUGGGAACUGUGUUUGAGAGUCUUGGUGAAUAUUUCAAGUCCAUAAAAAACCUCGAGGAGGCACUUUCGAUCUCAGAAGAACUUGGCGAUAGAGAGGAAGAAGCUCGACAUUGUGGAAACUUGGGAGUUACGUUUCAGUCACUGGGUGAAAAUGACAAGGCAAAAGAAUAUCAAGGGCGGGCAUUAAAAAUCAGAAAGGAAAUUGGGGACAGAAAAGGUGAAGCAUCAAGCUACCUAAACCUUGCAGAAGUGUCUAGGUCUAUUGGAAAAUAUGGAGAAGCUAAGGAACAUAUCAAAAAAGCACUCAUGAUAACAAAAGCAAUAGGCAACAGAGAAAACGAAGCCAUGUGUUACAGAAAUCUGGGAACUGUGCUUGUGCGUCUCGGUGAAUUUGCCGGGGCUUACAAAUACUAUAAAAAGGCACUGGAAAUCAGAUCAGAAAUCGGUCACAGACAAGGAGAAGCAGCCGAUUACGCCAACCUAGGGAUUGUGUUUAAGUUUCAGGGACGAUAUACUGAAGCAAUGAAAUAUAUCGAAAUGGCCCUUGAGAUCUUUAAGGAAUUUGGCGACAGAAAAGGAGAGGCGAUAGGUUUCGGAGACCUUGGGAGUGUUUUCCUUUCUCUUGGUGAAUAUGCCAAGGCUCAAGAAUAUUACCGUAAAGCACUCACAAUUGCAACGGACAUUAGCCAUAGAAAAGCUGAAGCAGCUAGUUGCGGGCAUCUUGGAAAUGUAUGUAGACUUCUGAGAGAAUAUACUAAGGCUAAAGAUUAUCACGAGAAGGCACUUGAGAUUUCAAAAGAAACUGGCGACAAAGGAGCAGAAGCGUGGUGCUAUAAACAGAUGGGAACGCUGUUUCAAUGUCUUGGUGAAUACGCUAUGGCUCAAGAAAAUUAUGAAAAGUCUCUUGCGAUGUCAAAACAAAUGGGAAAUCGAAUAGGAGAAGCAUCAAGCUAUGGAAAACUGGGAAUUGUGUCUCUGCUUCAGGGUGAAUACGCUAACGCUAAAGAAUAUCACGAGAAAGCACUUUUAAUGAGCAGUGAAGCUGAAGACAUCGAAAAUGAGAUGGAUUCUCUCAGUAACCUUGCAAUGAUAAUGCUGUUGGAAGGCAACGUGGAUGAAGCUAAAUCGCUUCUCCUGGCAAGAAUUCACAAGAUUGAAAGAAUCCUAAGUUUCAUGACAGAUGCGGAUGACCAAAUAAAGAUAUCACUGUUCGACAAGCACGCGCAUGCCUACCAGUUUCUAAGUUUUCUAUUUUCCUUCACUCAAAAUCCUGACCAAGCACUUUACACUGUAGAGCUUGGACGAGCAAGAGCCCUAGCAGACUUAAUGUCGGCACAGUACUCCUUGCCAAAACAAAUAUCACACAAUCCACAGACGUGGAUGGGCAUUGAAAGCAUUAUGGAGAAUGAAAGAAAGUGCAUCUGUCUAUACAUUUCCUAUGCAUUUCACUUAAUACUUUUGUGGAUUAUUAAAUCAGAUGAACCUAUACGUUUGCGAGCAAUAGAUGUCAAUACCUCUUUCAUUGACAAAGUCUUUGUAAGAUAUGUGGAUGAAAUGUUUGGCACUGAAAUCGUGAGGCAAUGCCAUACCUUAUCUCCAGAGCAGUGCGAGGAUCGAUCCUGGUUUUCUUCUAACACCAAGGAAGACAGCCUUGCUGCCGCCCGCCUUGCAGAAGAAGAUGAAGUCAAAAAUCAGCAACCCAUUCCUACUCUUUCUGAGUGUUACAAUAUGAUCAUUGCCCCUGUGGCCGAAUUCCUUGACGAGGCCGAAAUUAUUAUUGUCCCUGAUCGCUACUUUUUCAAAGUUCCGUUUGCGGCGUUACAAGAUGAAAAUGGAAAGUAUUUAUCAGAAUCUUUCAAGAUCCGCAUCGUCCCCUCUUUGACAGCACUAAAGCUAAUUCAUGACAGUCCAUCAGACUAUCACAGCCAGACUGGUGUACUGAUAGUGGGAGAUCCUGAUGUUGGUGUGGUGCUGUAUAGAGGAGAUGUUUGUAAACCGCCAAGAUUGCCUUUUGCAGAAAUGGAAGCUGAAAUGAUUACACAGCUGCUGGGAGGUAAAACUCUAGUAGGAAAGCAAGCAACAAAGCAGGCUGUUCUUCAAAGCAUUAGUUCCUUUAGUCUCGUACAUUUUGCUGCUCAUGGGAAUGUUGAAAGAGGAGAAAUUGCUCUGGCCCCUUCACCUGCCUCUAAGACGCCUCCAGAAGAAAAAGACUACUUACUGACAAUUCGCGACAUCUCAGAAGUUCGACUUCGAGCCAAGCUGGUCGUUCUAAGCUGUUGCCACAGUGCGCGUGGACAUAUCAAAGCCGAGGGAGCUGUUGGAAUCGCACGAGCCUUUUUAGGAUCUGGUGCACGCUCGGUGUUGGUAGCACUGUGGGCUAUAGAAGACAAAGCAACAAAGCAUUUCAUGAGUCGUUUUUACGAGCACCUUGUUCUUGGAGAAAGUGCUAGUGAAUCUCUUCACGAAGCCAUGCAGUGGAUGAGAGCUAACGGCUUUCCGGACGUGGGACAAUGGGCUCCUUUUAUGCUGAUUGGAGAUAACGUGUCCUUUGAUUUUGGAAAUUAAAGGUAAUUUUAAGAUUACUUGAAAAAGCUUAUAAGGGAACACUCUGCAAAACGGCCUUGGACGACUACUGUAGUGCAUUCUUUCGAGAUUUUAUUUCAAGGAGAUCCUGACCAUAUAUCUUUUUUUAAUAGAAAUAGGAAGAAUUGUAGAAGCAGUUGAACGUCUUCCGAGUGUCCGAGUUGAAUCGUCUUCUCCACCCUUUCUCCUGGAGCAAUGUCGAGUCUUCUGUCUAUGCUAACUAACUACUGGUUUGUGACGUGAGAGCAAUUUCCCGAAAUUAAUUAGGGUUUUCAGCUAGUUACUCCAGUCUAACUAUCCGGUGUCUAUUUUAGAAAUUUUUCUUCGUCCUUAGUAUAGCCUUAGUAUAUAUACUGUUCCCCGUCUGGUAAGACCCAAAUGGCUACGAAAUUUAUAAGUUCUUUUAAUAACAACCACAAGAAGAACGUCUAUGACCUUCUCAAAUACUGUUAUUUGACUUGCAGGUGUUUUAGCAAGAAAAGGCGGCUUAAAGAGUUAAGGACCCCAAUCAUUAACUGUCCAAGGACAAACUCUUGAACUGUAAUAAAACGUAAAGUUUUAUUGUGCUACUAUAUACAGCACAAAUCGUUUUUGACCGCAUAUUUUGUGAAGGAAAAUUGAAGGUAGUGUUAACUAAAAAAUGCUUUCAAUGCGUUAGCCGACAGAUGUAUAACUUUUCAUUUGAGUUGGCAUGGUUUGAAGCAGAUAGUUUUGUCCACCUUGUUCUACUAGUAUUACGCAUGCUCUGUGAGGGUUGCUAUCGUAUUUCCGGACGAAGACGAUUCCAUUGUGCCGUGUGAAUACAAUGCGUACACUCGAACCUCUCCACAGCGGUCACCUUCGGGACAGAAGAAAGUGGCAGUUGUGGAGAGGUGGUCGUUAUGGGGAGGUAGGGGAGUAACAUGACAAUUUUUUUUUGGAGUACAACAUGUUAAUUGUGCUUACUGUAUCCUAUAAUAGGAUACAGUAAGUAUCCUAUUAUAUGAUACAGUAUAGUAAUCUAAUCAUAUGUAAUACAUGUAAUAGCUAUAAGAUACACACAAAAAACUUGAGUAAUGUUUUGAAUUAAAAGUUUUAAAGUGACCAAACGAGCAAGGUUCGCAACGGUCGCUACAAGUAUCGUAGACAAUUUAUGCUUAUUAUUACUACCGUAGUAUAAAUUGAACGCAAUCAAAAUGGGAUGGCCGCGAUUAAUCAUCAACGCGCCAUACGUAUCAAGUUUCGUGACUAUUCCUGACUUUCAUCGGUCGCUGAAAAAAACUGGCCGUUGUCGAAAGGUUAUUUUGGUAGAUAGGGACACGAUCGGUGGCUGUCGCCGUUAUAGAGAGGGUAGCCGUUGUAGAGAGGUUUCAACAAGGGUCAAUGUAUGGACUGUCCGCAGGGACAAAACAUAUUGGCCGUUGUAGAGAGGUGGCCGUUAUUGGAGGUUCACUGUAUUUGUUUUGAAAACGGAGAAAAAAGUCUUCCUUUUCAAAAACAUCAGUCCAUGGGGAUAUGAUACAGCCUAAAGUAUAUCACGACGGCGACGGCGACGACAACGAGAACGUCAAAAAAGUGGUUUUUGACAAUAGGUGGCGAGAAAGGGUGACCAAUACUAUUAUUUGGGGGAUGACAGGGGAGUGGGGCCCGAGAGAAUAGGGUGCGGGAGGUGGGGGAUGAGAGUUCUAAAGGAAUGGGAGAAACAGGGGAAAAUUACGUAACAAUAUAUGCUUUAUCUUUCGAUCGUAAUCGAAACAGGGCUAAAGAGACAAAGCCAAUAAAAAUACGGAUGGGAGCCAGCAGUGUAAGCCAAGGGAGGCGGGAGAUUUGGGCCCCUUAGUCCCCCCGCCCCCUCCUUCUAUUAAUUUAUAAUACCAUAUAACUGUGUACUCAGCCUCUCGAUCGCAUGGCCCUUGAGUCUUACUUUGACGAUUAUGUGGAACCGAGCCUACAUCUUGCGGCGGUUGUGAUUGUCCUAAUUAUCCAGCGCAUCUUACCUCAUGCAUUCAGAUGAUCAUAUGAUCACCUCGAUCACUUGAACACAUUUUGAGACGCUUCAGGCGGUUGAAGCAAUCCCGACUUCACGACACAAGCUUAGAACUUUAUUUCUAUUUCCGUGUGUCUCGAUAGCGGCUACUGUGCUAGUUUAUUCUCAAACUCAGUAUCUUAAUAACGUGGUAAUACACUUUUUGUAAUAUAUAGUUGAAUCCCACUUUAUAGACACAGAUCUCAGAUACCAACAUAAUACAACAAAAUACAGACGGUUUGUAACUUGAUUACGAAGAGUGUUCUUUGCGUCUGCGUCUGUCACUUUCCCAAAUUUAACUUGUUACUGCUGACACCAUUUAAGGUGGACAAAAGACUCUUUUUCCUUGUGCGAUGUACGUACCAUAAACUUCUCAUUAUAAGCCCUGGGCUUAUACAACUUUUAUAAGGGGUUUUAGGAGGACUUAUACUAGAAACGGGGGAGCUUAUAUUCACGGGGGGAGGGAGGGGUUUAUACCGGAUUUAAAAAAGUGUCUUAAAGCAAGCUACAUCGCAACGCUGAUCAAAAGGCCCUUUGAAUUUGAUCGCGUUUUUAAGCUUCAAAUCGUCUAGUCGUAAAAAGUCGAAUUCAUUUUUUGUUUACAGGUUGAUGGGCCUUGUUUACAAGUAGGGGGGCCUUAUAAACGGAGGUUAACGUGUAUUCUUACAGAAAGUUUAGCUCGUCAACGAACAGACCUUUUCAACUCUGAGAUGUAAUGAGCUGUACUCCAAGCGAGGUGACAUUAUACACAUGCACAGACGUUCAUAGCGCUAACCAAGAGUCAUACCCGGGGGGGGGGGGUUACUCCCUAUAAUGGCCUAUACGGGGAGGCCCCGCCCGAAAGGGGUACCUUUUUCAGGCCUCAGGUAUAUGAAAGGGAAGGGAUUUUACUGUUUGGAGUAUACGAAAGGGUAGAGAAAUCUAUCAUUUGUGUCUGUGAAAGGGCCUAAAAGGGCUAACAUAUGAAUUUUAAGGCUUUAUAAAGUCGAGAAAACGUUCUAUUUUCGAGAAUUAUUCUGUUUAAAAUAUAGUGCAUUUAGAGCAGUUAAAAGGGAUGCAAAGUUCUUAACAAGGUAUGUGAAAAGGGUACCAUACGAACGGGGUACCUUUUUCGUGAAAAAUGGUAUAUAAAAGGGUAAGGGGUUGGACCUCGGGGCGGAGCCUCCCCGUAUAAACAUUUGUUGAGUAACCCCCUCCACCGGGGGAGUCAUAAUGGCUCUUGCGCUGACUACGCGAGAUUCCAACGAGAGGCCACAAAGUCUAGACUUCAAUUAAAUCCUAACUACUUAACUAAGCCGACUAACUAACUACAAAGGCAUAUUUUCUUCUUAAAGGUAAAAAUGUUUAGUACGUGUGCAGCUACUACAGUUACUACGGAUAGUACAGUCGACUACAUCAACAACACCUACUUCUAAUCUACAGUUGCACCUGGGCAGUCUUACAUCAAUAGUAGUAGGCAGCAGGCUCGGGACAUUUUGGGCAGUCUUACACCAAGUACUACCCGUGACGAUCCUGAAUGUUUUGUUUUAUUUUCUGAUAUUUUCUUAAAAACUAAAAGGUACAAUUUUAUUCAUGUUUAUUGUGAUUGAUAUCAGUUACUAAAAAUCGGGUCCUCUCAGUAUCCUUAUUUAAGCGAUUUUUGACCGGUCUGGUCUUUUUUCAGUUUCUGACAAUUAUCUGUGGUUAUCUGUAGAUAGACAUUAGUCACGUUCAGCUAAAUUAAUUCAUGGUUAAUUGUUUUUUUAAAAUGGAAACCUUCAGCAACAUUCAAAGAGCCACCAACUCGCUCAAUAUUUCAAGAGUGGAGAACUGUCCUCAAGUUGAAUUCGUAGAGCGUUUCAUGAGCUAUUGUAGGAAAAGUUGUUAAAGGAUACUACAACUUUCAGAUUAUCGCUUUCUGACAAGCAAGUUAUGAAGCCGAAUUUCAGAUCAGUUAACAGUUUACUUUCUUCAAGUACCACCAAUAAGGAAAUAUUAGACAGCGGAGUCCCCAGCUUCGCUAACGCUUUGUUCAACUGAUCAUGACCUCUAAAUCAGUUUACUCUAGUCACCAAACUUUUAAACUAUCAGAACUAGCUAAGCGUAAAAAUCAACUCACAGCCAACGAAAGAAAGUGUAAUGGGCAGACUUGCUGUUUUCAGUCAUUCACAACUACUAAAAGAAAUCAAUGAUUUACCGCAAUAAAAAAUGAAACAAAACCAAGUUUAGUAACUUCCGCUUUAGGAACAGGAUGUUGAAAGGUCACGUGACAGAAUAAUCGACUCCGUUUGUAGGGACUUGAACAAUCGUGGAUUAAGUGAAAUUGUGUUGGCCGAACACUGUAGCCCGUGUCGCUUCGAGGUAAGUACAAACAAUAACACUCCAUAUUCUACUGGUUAGAGUUGACCAGGUAAAGAAUAGGACGUUUUGUUUUUGUUGUGGAGACAGGAGACUAGUGCCAAUAGUAGCAGCCUUCCUCCAGCACAGUCGAUCAAACGUCUUGGGUAUAUUUCGUUUCACUUGGCGGGAUUUCAUUUACCACUAAGUGGAAACAUGGUUAAGGAUACCUGGAGGGAUAUAUAAAAUAACUCGUUGAAGUAAACAUCUUUUCAUUUCUGUAAAACAAUGACUUGAUGUUAAAAACAUUUUGCCCUCGAGCAAAAUUAAGUCGGUCAAUGGCGCGGACAAUGCUGCAGUUUCAGUUUUCAUACAAAAUAAUUCUUAUAGGUUAAUUAAAUUAACAAUGUAUUGGUAUAGAAUCAGCAUUAAGCAACUGAAGUGACUUCCUUUGAUAAUUUGAAAUUAUUUUGCUUAGUUUUAAUAAUCAUUUUCUCAUUUGACGUCGAUCAAAAAGUGAGUGAACCAGUGAUAUCAUAUUGAUUAAAGAUAUCAAUACAUGCCUAUCAAUAACGUAACGCAAGGACUUUUAACCCUUUCACUGCCAGAUUGUUUGAUGGGGUUUUGUAAGGUGACUUUAACUUUUGAUUCUAUGGACGAAAUCCUACGAUGUGACCAUUCAAAUGAAAGCUCUCUGCCUGUACUUUCAAAUGUGGAACUUUGGUCGAAAUUUGCUUUUGGCCACAUUUGGCAUUGAAAGAGUAAUGAUCGAGGAUAAGAUAAGAUAAGAUUUAUUUUGCUGAAAUGUUAGUGACAAGCCGGUACGUUCUCAUUAAAGAAGGCGCGAUCAGCUAUAGCUAAAUUUAAUAAUAGUUACAUUACCGCAUAUAUUAACAAGAAUCGUGACGCUACGUUCCUGUCACUGGUUUGGAUAAGUCAGGAAAAUACAGGAUUUUUUAUUUGUAGUACAAAUUUUGAGCCUUAAUUUUAAACCUGUAAAGAAAUUCCCCCUUAAUGUCUUCUGGUCUUUUACAAAAAGUAAUUACAGGCCGAUAUCUGUAUUACCAAUUAUGUCAAAAUUUUUAGAGAAGCAUGUGUGUUAUUACUUGUGAAAGUUUCUGAGGGAUAACGCUUUACUUCACGAUUUCCAGUCUGGCUUUAGAAGAAAUUUUUCUACUGAAACGGCAAAGAUACGGCUUAUGGAUCAGAUUCUGUUUGAUCUCGACAAUGACAAAGUUACUGGUCUCGUCUUUGUAGAUUACAAAAAGGCAUUUGACCUCAUCGGUCAUAACUUGCUGUUAUCAAAGCUUGAGCAUGGAAAGGAUUAUUUGCCAUUAUUUACUGAUUACAUGAGAGGUUUUAAGCUAGAUGUAAACGUUGAUGGAUCUCAUUCUAGUACAAAGGCAUAACUUUGGGUAUACCUCAAGGUAGCAUUCUGGGUCCGGUACUGUUUGUCGUAUUCAUAAAAGGCCUACCCUCGGCACUACAGAGCACCGUAGCAGACAUAUACGCUGAUGAUACUACGAUCAGUUAUUCUACUGAUCACAAAGUACCACCUCAGGCUAUCAGUGAUGGUCUCCAAUCAGAUUUGAAUAGAUUGUAGAAAUGGUCAGGUAAUAACAAAAUGAUUCUCAGUGAAACGAAGACUAAAGCAAGGAAUGUAAAUGGCUCGAGAAAAGAAUGAAUAACCAGCAGUUACGAGUUAAAUUAAAUGCCACCGAACUUCAACAAGUGAGCUCACAAAAACUCACAUAUUUUCCCUGAUGAAGGCAGCGUUGCCGAAACGUCGGAGUGCUAAUUGCAAUUAUGAGCGUUUAACAUACCACCUUCCCACUUUUAGCACACACAAACGCUACCCAGGAAACCCUUUAUUUGUAGCUCAUAAAAACUCUUAGGUGUCACAACUGAUCGCGAACUCUCUUUUGAUUACCAUAUCGACGAACUUUGUAAUAAGCUCUGUCAGCGAAUUGCCGUGCUGAGUAGGAUUAAGAGAUUUCUUCCUCUGGAACAGAGGAAAGCGUACUUGACAACGUCAUGAUUAAGCAAACAAUACCGUAUACCUCCAUUGUAUGGUCCGCGUGCUCCACUGGGAAUUUGCAGAGGGUUUUUCGUCUCCAGAAGCAAAGUGCACGCGUUAUCCUUGACGCCGACAAGCUCGCGAACAGUGUUGAACUAUUUAUGAAAUUAAAUUGGCUUCCACUUCACCUCUAGAUGAAAGUAAACAUUUGUAUUGAAAAUUACAAGCGUGUUAAUGGACAUAGCCAAGAUACCACAUGAAACAUCGACUUCUGGUUUUCAAUUCGAACAUUAAUGAUCGGAAUAACCGAAAUAGCUCCUUGAACUUAGUCUGCCCUCGCCUUAAACAUGAAACGGAAGAGGGGCGUACAUUUAGCGUGAGGGCAGCAAAAUUAUAGAAUCAAUACCAAAUUCUUUAAAGAAGAUUGAACGUGUACAUAGUUUUAAAUUAAAAGGGCCUUAAUUGACUUUUAAGCAUCUUCUUAAUUUUCUUUGUUGUAAUUUUUUUGUUAAUUGAUAUAACUUUCUACUUACAAAUUUUUAAUUGUAUUUUUUCUAUUUUUAAUUGUAAUUUCAGUUUAUUCCAUGUUUAUUUUUAAUUGUACGGUAAUUGUUAACUGUUGCAUAAUGACGGCAGCAGGUUUGUCAGUUUACCUUUUAGCGUUACCCUCUUUACAGCUAUUUCGGAUAGCACGUGACCUGAGUUGUCGAAAACGUUUCAGGAUUUUGGGAAAAUUUCUGCGACGCCUGCAAUCAGUCCGCUACCGUAGCAUCCACUGUGUUUGUUAAAUAAAGGCGGCAAUAUUAAAAACGACCAGAAGCUGCAAAAGUAAACGUUGGCAGGAACGUACCGAUUCGUUUUCACCAUCCCAUACAUGUGUUUCUUCUGGAUUUGGAAGCUCUAUUGUUGGUUUUCAGUGUCAGUACGCCAUUCAAAAUAGAUCAAAAUAAAAAUCGAAACCGUAUCAAUAGAUAAUGUCCGGAAUCUGGGAUGUGAAAUAAGGUAAAUAUAUACCAAGUUCCUCGCCAAGAUUCAAGUCAGAAGAAUAUUCCGUAUACGAGAUAUCCGAAGAAAUGUUUUACCCAAAUUUAUAGAGAUUUGUAUGGAAACGCCAUGCUGGUGCCCACCUGGAUGGGCACCAACAUGGCGGACAGAAACCGACAAAAACAUCUGUUACCAAGUUUUGGUACAAAAGUGUGAAUUUAUUCCUCGAGGAACUCAUAAACGUUCAAGUAAUACUUUUUCUAAUCCAUGAACUGUUUAGAUAGCAAAAUUCCCCGAAAUACGUCACUUUUUUAACCUACAUGACAGCUCUCUCGGCCUUCAUGUAAAUGCCACGUCACGCAAAAGCUUGGAAAUUCAAGCGUACUCUAUCACAAAACCAAGAACCCUUUUGAAGCGAAAAUUUGUAUGAAAAUUAGUUUUCAGCUGCUCUAAUACAUCAUGAAAGUAAAAUAUCAGUAGGAUAGAUAGUUUUGUAGUUUGAAUUUUAGUGGCGUCAUGUGAAAACCAACUAUAGGAACAAUUCCACCUUGGAAAUCUAAAGUUGUCAAUGUUUCAGUAUAAAGAAGAUAAAAAAAAACUUAGAGCCAAGGUAAAACUUACUGCGCUUUUCAAAAACACGCCUCUUCAAAAGCAACGAACCUUGAAACACAGACACACACAAAACGGAUCGAAAUCCACCAGUCACAAAUCACAAACCAUUACCUUUUGUUUCCUAAGAGGUCAGCUGAGAUGUGAGGGCAACUAAGGCGCCAAUUCUUCAGAUUUUGGUUGACGUCACAGAAAAGCCCAAAAUCCAAAGACGUUUUUGACAUCGCAGGUCGCGUGUUAUCCGAAACAGCUCUAAAUAAAGUUGAUACAUGUAUACAUACAUACAAAACGCUCGGGGUGCUUGAAAUGCAAAAUUUCACCCCGGAUUACAUGAAUGGGUGGACGUAGGUACCUACGGACGUACGUACGUACGGGCGAUUUUGUCAGAACCAAUAUUCUUGGAUGCAUAGAUAACCAAAUUUUCUUACCCAUGGUGCUCCGCUAAAAACACCAUCUAAAUCGGUGUACUUGUAGCUUUUUCACUGAACUAUACUUCUUUUUGCUUGCUCCGCCAAUAAAUAACUAUGUUUACUUAUUAGUAAGAAUGAUAAGACCUAUAAAAUGCUUUGUCAGGCGUGUACAUAAUUACCGAUGGGUAAAAAAGUGCAUUACUUAGGAACUAACAAACCGAAUUUCAAUUCAUUUUAAUUUUCGUUUCAUUUUAUUUUGCUGUUGUUUUAAUUCAGUCACACUUUAGAAAAACACUGUCAUGGACAACGCAGGCGACGUUUUACAAGCUCUUGUUAUUGGCUUUCUGGUCGCUAGGUUCCUCCUCAAUUCCACUCAUGUGCUGACAGCCGUGGAGUUAUUCAGGGAAUGUUUGAUCCUCCUCAACCACAAAGCUCUGAAAAAUGAAACUGGAUUGGCUACAGCUGAAAUCAAAGAGCGGAUACAUUGCGGACUGAUUCAAGGGUACUUUCUGAUAAAUGAUUACUCGCGUGCGAUAGAAUAUGGAAGCGAAGUUCUGGUCUCGGCCCGAAGGCGUGGUAACAGAGAUGUAGAAGGAAGUGUUACCUUUACACUGGCCAAAUUGCAUCAUUACAAAGGCAUAUACCAAGAAGCAAAAGAGCUUUACUCCAAAGCGCUCAGCUUUAUGGUAGAUACUGGUGAAAAGGCGUUGGAACUUAGUUGUUACAGAAAAAUGGGGACUUUGCAUUGUUCAAUGGGGAAAUAUUCCGAGGCGAAAGAGCAUUUGGGAAAAGCACUUGCCAUAGCUAUAGAAAUCGGCGACCGGAGCGAAGAAUCUUGGUGUUACUUAUUGCUCGGACAAUUGGUUCACUUACUUGGUGAACACGCAAUGGCUGAAAAAUACCAGGAAAAAGCACUGGCAAUUACAAAAGAAAUAGGUGACAGGAAGACUGAAGGCCUGUGCUAUAUCAAUCUGGGAACUGUGUUUCAGUCUCUUGGUAAAUAUACAACAGCUAAAGAACACCUUCUAAACGCAAUUGAGAUUGCAAAAGAACUCGGUGAUAGGGAAAAUGAGGCCUCUUGCUUCGCGAACUUAGGAACUUUGUUUCAUUCUGUUGGUGAUUAUUCCAAAGCUAAAGAACAUCUUAAAACAGCAAUCGCGAUUACAGUGGAAAUCGGUGACAAGAAAAAUGGGGCCUUGUAUCACGGAAAACUUGGACGGGUGUUUGUCUCCACCUUUGAAUAUGCCAAGGCAAAGGAAUGUCACGAAACGGCACUUACAAUCACAAAAGAAUUGGGCAAUAAGGAAAAUGAGCCGGCGGACUACACCGACCUGGGAAUGGUUUUGGAGGCCAUGGGGGAAUUUGUAAAGGCUAAAGAAUAUUACGAGAAAGCACUUGCUAUCACAAAAGAGAUUGGCGAUAGAAGAAAUGAAGCCUCGUGUAACGUCAACUUAGGAAAUUUUUGUCGUUCUGUUUGUCAAUAUGCCAAGGCUAAAAUAUAUUAUGAAAAAGCACUUGAGAUAGCAAAGGAGAUUGGCCACAGGGAGAAUGAAAUCUGGUGUUACAGAAAUCUUGGAACUGUUUUGCAGCCUGUCGGCGAGUUUGCCAAGGCUAUUGAAUAUCACGAGCAAGCACUUGCGAUCGCGAAAGAAACUGGCGACACGAACAAAGAAGCCAUGCUGUAUGCAGAGCUAGGAAAAGUGUUCGAGUCUUGGGGUGAUUAUGUUAGAGCGAGAGAUUAUCACGAAAAAGCACUUGCAAUUAGUAAAGACAUGGGUGACAAAGAAAGCGAGGCCUUAUGUCUCUUCGGCCUAGGAACUGUGUAUUAUUCUUUCGGUAAAUUUGCUAAAAGUAAAGAAUGUCUUGAAAAAGCGAUUGCAAUCGCUAGAGCAAUUGGAAACACGAGGAGAAAAGCCCAGUGUUAUGGGGUUUUAGGAGCUCUGUUGGAGUCUCUCGGUGAAUAUUCCCAAUCUAAAACAUAUCUUGAAGAAUCAUUAAAAGUCACAGAAACGAUAGGUGACAGAGUACUCAAAGGUGCAUGUUAUCAAAAUCUCGGUACUUUGUUCCACUCCAUGGGCAAAUGUGUCAAGGCGAAAGAUUAUCACGAAAACGCUCUUGCAAUAACUAAAGAAACUGGCAACAGGAAAGAAGAAGCCUCGUGUUUGCGAUGCCUAGGAGUGGUGUUUUAUACUCUCGGUGAACAUGCCAAGGCUGAAGAAUAUCAUGAAAAAUCACUUGUAAUCACCAAAGAAAUAUGUGACAAACGGGGAGAAGCAGAAAGUUACGGAAACCUUGGAAUUGUGUGUCAUUUUCUCGGAGAGUACGCUAGGGCAAAAGAAUAUCAUGAAAAAGCACUGGAAAUAAGUAAAAACAUUGGCGACAUUAAAAACGAGUUUGCUACCCAACAAAACCUUGCAACGCUCAUGCUGUUAGAAGGAAAGUUACGUGAAGCUAAAUCCUAUCUACUGGCCAGCAUAGAUGCUUUUCAGAAAAUGGGAAUGUUCUUGACGGAUAAUGACCACUUAAAGGUAUCGUUACUUGAGAAGCACUUUAUUAUUUACCAGAUACUAAGCUAUCUGUUUUGUAGAACUAAAAAUCCGGAGCAAGCCCUUUGUGUAACGGAGCUUGGACGAGCCAGAGCCCUGGCAGACUUGAUGUCCUCACAGUACUCAGUCCAAAAACAAAUUUCAGACAAUCCAGAGACUUGGGUGGGCAUUGGUGCCAUCAUGAAGAAUGAAAGAAAUUGCACCUGUCUAUACAUUUCCUAUUUUAAGAAUGAAAUCCAUUUUUGGAUCCUCAAAGCUGACACACCCACACACUUCCAAUACGUAGAUGUAAAUGAUUUCUUCAUGGGAGAAGCAAAAAGAGAGGUGGAUGAAGUUCUGGGAAGCAAAAUCUUCCGGCGGGUGCAUGCAUUACCUCCAGAUCAGUGCGAAGAUCGAUGCUGGGUUCCUUCAAAAGAUAACCGUACAAAAGGUACUAAACCAACCCAAGAAAAAGGCUGUUGUAGUUGGCGCCUUGUAGAGGAGGAUGAAGACGUAAACCAAGUACUUGAACUUACUCUUGCCGAUUGUUACAAAAUGAUCGUAGCUCCUGUGGCAGAGUUACUUACAGAUUCUGAAAUCAUCAUUGUUCCUGAUCGCUUAUUGUUCAAAGUUACAUUUGCAGCAUUAGAGGACGAAAGGGGAAAGUUUUUAUCGGAGUCUUGCAGAAUCCGCAUCGUUCCGUCUUUGACGACUCUCAAGCUGAUUCAUGACAGCCCAUCAGACUAUCACAGUCAGACUGGUGCACUCAUAGUGGGGGACCCUGAAGUUGGUGAGGUGCUUUACAACGGGUGUCUUACACUCAAACCACCCUUGCAUUUUGCAAGAGAGGAAGCAGAGAUGAUAGGCCGACUGAUCGGCGUUCAUCCUUUGCUAGGAAAGCAAGCGACCAAGCAGGCUGUUCUUGAAAGCAUUAACUCCGUCAGCCUCAUACAUUUCGCUGCUCAUGGAAAUGCUGAAAGAGGAGAAAUUGUUCUUGCCCCUGCACGUACCACUAAAACGACGCCAGAAGAAGAAGACUAUUUACUGACAAUGGCUGACAUCUCAAAAGUUCGAUUAAGAGCCAAACUGGUGGUGCUUAGCUGCUGUCACAGUGCAAAUGGGGAAAUUCGAGCGGAGGGAGUGGUUGGAAUUGCACGAGCCUUUUUAGGAUCCGGUGCACGCUCAGUGUUGGUGGCACUGUGGGCCAUAGAGGACGAAGCAACGAAGCAGUUCAUGAGUCGUUUCUACGAGCACCUUGUUCGUGGUGAAAGUGCCAGUGAAUCUCUUCACCAGGCCAUGAAGUGGACCAGAGAAAACGGCUUCUCUGAGGUGGAGCAGUGGGCGCCAUUUAUGUUGAUUGGAGAUAACGUCUCGUUUGAAUUUGGAAAUAAA